AUGACAAAAGAAGGUCAAUUCCAGGCUGUAGCGGCACUGCAAGGCACCACGGCCGCAUCUGCAACAGCAAAUAAUGGCACAGAACCAGCAAUUCCAGGAGGAGGUGGCAGCAGCGGAGGAGGAGGAAAAGAGGAUGGCUUUUCCAAGUUAAAGGAGAAAUUUAUGAAUGAACUGAACAAAAUUCCAUUGCCACCUUGGGCCUUAAUAGCCAUAGCCAUAGUUGCCGUCCUAUUAAUCCUUACCUGCUGUUUUUGUCUCUGUAAGAAAUGCUUGUUCAAAAAGAAAAACAAGAAGAAGGGAAAGGAAAAGGGUGGAAAGAAUGCUAUUAACAUGAAAGAUGUAAAAGACUUAGGAAAGAACUUGAAAGAUCAGGCCCUUAAGGAUGAUGAUGCUGAAACUGGGUUGACUGAUGCAGAAGAUAAAGAAGAACCCAAAGAAAAUGAGAAAUUAGGAAAAAUCCAGUACUCUUUGGAUUACGACUUUCAGAACAACCAGCUUUUGGUAGGGAUUAUUCAGGCUGCUGAACUGCCUGCACUAGAUAUAGGUGGUACAUCUGAUCCCUACGUGAAAGUUUUCCUGCUUCCAGAUAAGAAGAAAAAAUAUGAAACAAAAGUUCACAGGAAGACCCUUAACCCUGUCUUCAAUGAGCAAUUUACUUUCAAGGUGCCGUAUUCUGAACUGGGAGGAAAAACCUUAGUGAUGGCAGUAUAUGACUUUGAUCGCUUCUCCAAGCACGAUAUUAUUGGAGAGUACAAGGUGGCAAUGAAUACGGUGGAUUUUGGUCAUGUAACUGAGGAGUGGCGGGAUUUGCAAAGUGCUGAAAAAGAAGAGCAAGAGAAGCUAGGGGACAUCUGCUUCUCUCUUCGCUACGUGCCUACUGCUGGAAAGCUGACUGUUGUCAUAUUAGAAGCAAAGAAUCUCAAGAAGAUGGACGUGGGAGGCUUAUCAGAUCCCUAUGUGAAAAUUCACCUGAUGCAGAAUGGCAAACGGCUGAAGAAAAAGAAGACAACAAUUAAGAAGAAUACUCUUAAUCCCUAUUACAAUGAAUCUUUCAGCUUUGAAGUACCAUUCGAGCAAAUCCAGAAAGUGCAAGUUGUUGUGACUGUUUUGGACUAUGACAAGAUUGGCAAGAACGAUGCCAUUGGCAAAGUGUUUGUGGGCUACAACAGCACUGGUGCAGAGCUGCGACAUUGGUCAGAUAUGUUGGCCAACCCAAGACGACCUAUUGCACAAUGGCACACCUUACAGCAAGAAGAAGAGGUAGACGCUAUGCUUGCAGUCAAGAAGUAG